AGUCAUUUCAAACAAUCUUCGUGAACAUUUAAUCGUGCGAAGUGAAGCUCGUGGCGAAAAUGCGGUGAAUAAGUGUGUGUGUGUGUGUUCGUGUUGUGGUUUGGAAGAGAAAGAAGGACUAUUUACAGUGCAGAAAUUGUGCCAUGACGGGAAAAGUAGCCGAUCAGGACCAACAGUCCCGUCAUCGUCGAGGAUGGCGAUAUCACAAUCGGGAAGCUCUCGACAAGCUGUUAGGCAAUGUGAAUGGAGACACUAUGGACUCGAUGAAUCGUCCUGCCAAUGGCAGCUCUCAUCAGCACCAUCAUCACCCCCACGAUGGUGGAAUGGGGCCUCAGUCGAUGCUGCAUCAUGACGGUGGCUACAGUGGACCCACUGAAUGGAGAUACCAAGAGAUUGUUCUGGAAAGGGGGAAUUCCGGACUGGGUUUCAGCAUAGCGGGUGGGAAGGACAACCCACACGUGGAAGGCGACAACUCUAUUUACAUCACGAAGAUCAUUCCUGGCGGUGCUGCUUCCAACGACGGACGCCUUCUGGUGAAUGACAUCAUUGUCAAGGUGAAUGAUUGUAAUGUCGUUGAGGUGCUGCACGUGGAGGCUGUCGAUGCCUUGAAGCGAGCUGGAAACAUCGUAAAAUUGUUGGUGAAGCGCAGGGUGCCGAGAGGAGCGAAUCUGCACUUGCUGGAAGUGGACCUGAGGAAAGGAACCCGAGGUUUGGGCUUCAGCAUUGCCGGUGGCAUAGGGAACCAGCACAUCCCUGGCGACAACGGCAUUUAUGUGACGAAAAUCAUGGAAGGCGGGGCGGCGCACGUGGACGGACGAGUCGUCGUCGGCGACAAGCUUGUGGCGGUGAAAAAUACUCCCGUUAGUGUUGUAUUCGCGGAAGGCUUAUUUUCUCUUAUUUUCCGCUCUGCAAUUGCCUCGAUGCUGCAUCAUGACGGUGGCUACAGUGGACCCACUGAAUGGAGAUACCAAGAGAUUGUUCUGGAAAGGGGGAAUUCCGGACUGGGUUUCAGCAUAGCGGGUGGGAAGGACAACCCACACGUGGAAGGCGACAACUCUAUUUACAUCACGAAGAUCAUUCCUGGCGGUGCUGCUUCCAACGACGGACGCCUUCUGGUGAAUGACAUCAUUGUCAAGGUGAAUGAUUGUAAUGUCGUUGAGGUGCUGCACGUGGAGGCUGUCGAUGCCUUGAAGCGAGCUGGAAACAUCGUAAAAUUGUUGGUGAAGCGCAGGGUGCCGAGAGGAGCGAAUCUGCACUUGCUGGAAGUGGACCUGAGGAAAGGAACCCGGGGUUUGGGCUUCAGCAUUGCCGGUGGCAUAGGGAACCAGCACAUCCCUGGCGACAACGGCAUUUAUGUGACGAAAAUCAUGGAAGGCGGGGCGGCGCACGUGGACGGACGAGUCGUCGUCGGCGACAAGCUUGUGGCGGUGAAAAAUACUCCCGUUAGUGUUGUAUUCGCGGAAGGCUUAUUUUCUCUUAUUUUCCGCUCUGCAAUUGCCAGACGUGUUUCUUCUAUGUUUUCAUCUGUCUUACCUGAUAUUAUGAUUGCCGAACUGGGAGACGUGAAUCUCGAGAAUGUCUCGCACGAGUCCGCCGUGGCGGCGUUGAAGAGCAUUGUUGACCACGUGACGUUGGUGGUGGCGAAGCAGAGUCCGCCUGAUCUGCUGGAGUCGUUCAUGGGCGCCGGUGGACUGCACCACGUCGACGGGCUGCGAGGGACGACCCCCCAGAAGCCAUCUCCGUCGCCGCCAUGUGCUGCCAGUUCGCCGCCUCCUCCUCCAUUGGACACCAGUUCUAUGCACAAUGAUUCUAUGACGAUGGUGACGCCAGCGAGUCACCUAGCUAUGCAGAGCUCUCCGUCACCACGUGUGUCACACGAGGACGAUCUCAGCAGCCCUGCUGAUGCGUAUGGGGGAAUGGAGAUGGACGUCGAGUGA